AUAAUAUGCGCGUCGUGCGAGCGUCUAACUUUCAUCUGCUGCACUGCUCCCCUUUUCUGCUCCGAUAAAAGUGUCGCUAAAAUUGUGCAUUUUAACGAUUUCUUCACUGCACUGGAUUUAUUUUGCAUGGAUUAUCAAAAUCCUGAUGUAGUCAAGGAUGGGAAAAUCUCAAAGUAGGCCAGGAUCAAACUGGUCUUGGAGUUACAAAAGAAGAGAAAAUCCAGAAGGUGAUUCUUACAUCUUGAGAGGGUGUAUCAAUGCAAGGUAUCGAGAUUCAGAGGAGCAUCUUUGGACAGCUGAUGGGUCACCUGACCACAUACCAGGCUGUAAAAACAAUCACCAUGGCCAACCUUAUGAGUGCAGUCGUAGACAGUCUGAGAGACCAAUGAAUUUACACCGAGACAUUUGCUCACUAAAAGUGGACCUACCCCCUGAGGUGACUGGUUCUCGAUGCAGUCUCAAGGUUCAAUCCAGAGCAGAGGACUCUCCUACCAAAAAACAACCGCCUGCAUCCCCUUCAUCACCAACCAUUGGGGCAGUAGACUGUGAUGUCUCAUUAGAUGCAGAGAAAGAGACACAGGAAUGGGCGUUCACUCUAUAUGAUUUUGAUGGGCACAGGAGAAUCACAAGAGAGGACCUGUCAAGCAUACUGAAAUCGAUCUCUGAGGCCCUCGCAUGCUCCGUCAUACUGCCCCCUAGUGGUAGCCGCAAGCUGAAGUUACGGCUCUCCAUGGUUUCCGACCAUGAGACAGACACUCGCAAGAAGAUGGCAGACAAAGCCAGCCAGCCAAGUACACCAAGCCAUGACAAUCUCAGCCAGCAGCAAUCGGUCGGGACACAGUCCACCUCGCUCCCGUCCGCAUCUCCGCUGGAUGCGUCGCCACUCUUCAACAAGCAGGAGAACAAGGAGAAUUUGUUUAACCGUGUCAGGGACCGUGGGGAUGCCCCUUCCCACAGGCAUAGCUUCAACGUGAAUCACCAGUGUUGGCGGAAGGAGGAGAAGAGGUCGCGGAGGUCGAAGCAUCGGUCUCACUCGAUGGCACCUGCGGAUGUGACGGUGCCCUUGUAUGCUGAUCAGCAGGCUAGUCCUGAAAGACAUCAUCGGAAAGCAAGAAAAUCCACCUCAGCCUUGGACCAUGGGACCAGUAAGAUGACUCCCUCUAAACAGACGAGCAACGCCGGUACAAAUUGUGUGCCGGUUGAGCGCCCUCAGGAAAACGCAGAGAGACGCAGCUACUACCAGGAACUGGCUGGUAUCGAUCACCAGUGCACGAAUCAUGAACGAGAUCCAGCAGCACAGGACAAGGAUCCUGAGACUGAACUACCCCUUGGUGCCUCAGCUAGCAGUCCAAACCAAGUGAGCCAUAGACAUUUGAAAACAAGCCCCCAUCAUCGGAGGGCAAAGACUUGUGAUCCCCAAGUGCAUGGUCUCAGGAAACAAACCCUUCAUAUGAAUCAGGAAUUGUUUGCCAAGUAUGAGUAUGCCCAAAGACACCAUAAAGACUAUCACAUGCAGCUGCUGGAAGCGUCCAGGACGCGGCUUGAAGGUAUGCAACCCGUGCAGGCGGUUUCUGCCGGCACCGAAGCGGCGUUCUGCCAGCACAGCCCCAAACGGCAUAGCUUCCCGGCGGGACCAGUGAAGGUGGUCACCACCCAGGUUGUUGCACCGGCGGUGCAGGCGGCACCCGUGAACAGGGGGAAGCACCGGAGGAGAUCACGGCGACACCACACCCUGCAACCUUUGACAGUGAUGAAGCAUGAGGUCAUGGAGAAAUCAGAAGGGGUGGGGUAUAAUUCCCCUGUCCCACAAAAACACCAACACCAUCAUCACCAUGAACACCAUCAUCACCAUCACUAUCAUCACUACCAUGAUAUUGACUAAUUUAUUUAUGAAAUGAUGAAAUGAAUAGUAAUGUGAAUUAUAAAUAGACACAUGUAUACUAGAUAGAUUCCUGUAAAUUAAUUUAAAAGCAGUUUAUCAAUUUCGAUUUUAGAUGAAUGAUAAGAUGUCAAUUAUUGUAUUUCUAUAGACUAUGUAAUAACAUAUGAAGAAAAAUAAUGUGUUUAAUAGCUAGGAUGAUUGUACCGAAGAUAGUCAAGGAAGGUUGUUACAUUAUGAUGUAAAGGAAUGUACAUGUACAAGCCCCCCCCCCCCCUUCUUCAAUCUAUUCUAAUAUUAAAUAUGUGUAAAUCUUAGCAUAUAACUCUAUAAAUACAUGUAUUAGUCAUUACAUUUUAAUCCAUUGUACAUACUAAACAGCCAAGUUGAAAGUCACCCAGAUCUCUUGUAACUUAUUUUUUUUGGCAGUUAUAUAUUUCAAAGAUAGAUUCAGUAUUAUUUAAGAAGAGUUUUAUAUCUCUAUAAAGCCUUGACGUUUCUGUAACUUCUGUUUUACACGUGAUUAUUAUGGAUGAAAUUUAAUAUGUAAGCCUUCUAUUCUCACAUUACUAUGAGAUGUAUGAGAUGUUCAGUCAGUAGUUUAGAGAGGUUACUUCAAUAAUAUUGUGGAUUAGAUGCAAACUGUUAAUUUGAAGUUGUUUUAUCAAUCAAUGGUAUGCACUGAUUGGCUUAAAUAAUCAAUGUUCUUGUGCAUGGCACCCAACUAUGGCUAUACAAAGUAUGUAACAAGCCUGUUACCUAUGGCCCAUACAGCUGACUUGUGUGUUUUACAAUUGGCAACUUGUACUGUACAGUCAUUCUGAGUGACGAUAUCACAGUACAAUAACGUGUAUAUUGGCAAGAAAGACAAUCAAAUUUAAAAGUUAAAAAAAGGGAUAUUUGAGAGGUUCCAUGACAUUUGGUCCGGCGACAAUUGCUCCACUCUGAAUUCCACACACUAAUCGAAUGAGCAACUUCAAACCCACACUACACCCUACCCUAAACCUAACAUAAAACCAUAUUGCAACCCUACAUCUCAGACGAAAUUAAGCCCAGAGCAAUUGUCGUAGGAGCAGAUGUUGUGUCACUUUUUGAACACUAUGUUAUACUUGUAGGUAUGUCUUUACUUUCCGACCAAAAAUACCCUUAAAGCAAGAAUCUGCUCAUAGCAAGUUUACAAAGCGGUGGAAUGUAAAGGGAUGGAAUUAAGAACAAGUAUUGCCUCAUGAUAAUUCUUCACACUCAAGUCAGUAUCUUUAGCCUAUGUUUCUGUUUAGACGAAUUAUAAUAGUUGUUUAUUUGAGGAGUCCAAUUCUCUGAAAGACAUGAGCCUGAUUGAAUUCAGGGAAUCAAAACUGAUUACAUAACUGUUUGAUGAGUUAUCUCUACAUGUAUUAAGCAUGAAUGCUUAAUACAUGUAAAUACACACCCAGGUGGGUGUUUUCAUAAAGCUGUUUGAAGGUAUUCAUAAGUUAUGAAGACUUUACACGUGAUUGGUGACCUUUCUUGUGCUAAAUCAUAUAUCUCGAUGUAAACUGACUUAGCACCGAAGAACACUUUCCAGUUGUUUGUAAAGCAGUGCUGACAUUACAAACAGUUUUAUGAAACACCCACCAGGGAAGUACAUGUAUGACUGUGUUAUUGCAAGACCAUUUCUCUUAAACUCAAGUCUCUGAAAAAAUCUUCCCGUACAUUUGGUUGAAAUCGUGAUCUAAAAUAGACCAGUAAAUAGCAGCAUUCCCACUGCAUGGUUUCACUCAGAUACAAGAUACUUCUCCAUUUCCUUUUGAAGAUGAAUUGGUGCCUUCUCCCGUUAUCCAUUCCUCACUCCCCUAAUUUUGUCCCUUAUAUUUUCAUCUUUUCCACUGGAUUUUGUGCUGAUUACCUCUAUUCUCUCCUCCCCCCCUCUUGCCCCCUACUCUCCCCCUUUGACUCACUUCACUUCACGUGCAUGCCUUUUUUAGGAUUUCCUUCUCUCCCUGUUUGCAUUCUACAUUACCCUGACUCUUCUAAUCCUAGUCCAUUGUGUAGUUGUUAAAGUCAGUGUCAAUUGUUGCUGAGUAUUGCAUUAUGUCCAGUGCCCAGAGACACUAGAUGGUGAUUAGAGCACUCUGUAUUUUGGACCUGCAUAAAGAGGUGUAUGGGUAAACAAAGGGAUGAGGAUGAAUGGGCACUGAUUACAUAACAUCACCCCCCUCUUAUUGCAUGAAGAUACCGAGUGCCAGUUCUCAGUAGUUCCCCUGUACGCCCUGUGGGUGUUCUUUCUCAUAGUUGCGUUAGGCCCAGUUUGCCUUUCUCACUAAGGAGCUAUUUCGUUUCAUUGUCCGGAUAAGCCUCAUAGGUUGCACUCGGCUGGAGAGUUCAGGGGCCUCAUCAUCAUUAUUGAAGUCUAUGCUUGUUGGGCAAUCCAUACAAAUUUGAGAUAAUUGCAUAGAUUCUAUGGAUGGCCAAUAAUUGAAGACUGAAAAUGGUUUCUAUAUGGCACAGCCUCGUGUUCUUUGUUUGGUCUUCCCAGUGUUAGCCUACGUAGAGCUGUACACAUGGUUAUGGGAAGUCUUCAUAGAGGAAUAAAUCAUAUUCCAUCAAUAAUUAAAAACCGUCUUGACAUUGUCCUUGAUGGGGGAAUUUAUGACAAAGUUGGGAAUCCUCCUGCGUUUGAUUUUGUUGGGUACAUGUAUGAGCUCAUCAAUAUCAUGCUAUCAUUAUUAAUUCAUGCACUGCAGCAUGCGUGUUCAUGAAUGUAUUAUGUGAUCGAAAUGUCUAAUAAUGCACUACAGAGUGCCGGUGAGGCAGCCAGAUUUGUAAUUAUAAUACAUUGUCUGGAUGGCAGGUGGAAAGUCUUUUUAAAGGUGAAAGGGGGCAAAUGAAAAAAAAAAGGUUUGCUUGAAGCAAAUCCAUCACCUUGAUUGUUACUCUAUGAGAGUACAGUGAAACCUGUCUACAAUGACCACUGUAGGGAAACACAAAAUGUGGCCUUUAUAGACGGGUGGCUGCUAUAGACAAGUUCUUAUACACACAAUCUGCCUUCAUUGGAAACAGUUUUAGUGGUCACUAUAGGUAAGUGGCUGCAAUAGACGGGUUCUUAUACGCACAAUCUGCCUCCAUGGGAAACAGUUUUAGUGGUCACCACAGACAGGUGGUCACUAACACAGGUUUGGCUGUACUUAAAAUGAGACAUCUUCUUCCUAACUAUUCGCUUUUCCAAGAGUGUGUGCUGCAUCUCUUUGCAGGAAUCCAGCCAUAAGAAUGCUGAGUGCCUCUCACAGCGGGGUUUCCCCGCAUUCCCAAUCCUCAUGUCUUUGAUGGAAUAAGGAUUUCGAAAUUUCUGUGGGAAUGAUGUUCCUCUGGCUUUUGGUAAUGAAAGGUGCUGCAAGGAGUAAUCUUGGCCAGGGCCCCGUUGCAUAAAUGGUACCAUUAUUGUAACUUGCAUGGAAUCCUUGAUUUUGAUUGGUUGUUGUUGGGCGUUACCAUGGUAAUCUUGGCCAGGGCCCUGUUGCAUAAAAGGUACCAUUAUUGUAACUUGCAUGGAAUCCUUGAUUUUGAUUCCAGGUUGUUGAUCGGUGUUACCAUGGUAGUUAUAUUGGAUGGCAAAGUGACCAUAAUAGUAACGUUUAUAUAGCAGGGUCCGGGGCUGGCACUUUGGCAUUUACAUUUAUGAAAGGGGAAGAUGUGAGUUAUCAUGAUAGAAAAUUGAAUGUUAGCAUGCAUCGGUGGGGGAUCGGAGCAUUGGGAUGGGGGUCAUGCAUGAGCUGUUGGUCUCGACAAGCCCAAGCGAUCCAAACCAUCGCCAAGCCCCGUUUCCCUGCGUGCAUAAACAGUACACAAAGAAAUUGAAAAUAGAUUGGAAUCAUUUGUUCAAGUUUUGACUCUGACUUUCAGAGAAAUGGGCAGAAGAAAACUGGAGAAACUAAUUUUCAAAAAUGUUUUCAACUUGAUCACUAUAAAUUCCCAGGUGGAGAGCCACAUUCAGGUGGAAAUAAUUUGUGUAUAUUUCAAUAGGAUGGGAAUAGCAUGCUUUGGUUGUUAUGAAGAAGGGCACUGCUUUACAAUUGUAAACCUGGAUUCUAAUCCUAAUUCAAAAGCUACUGAAAUAGUGCCAUUUGAGUGACUAUCAUAGAAUUACAUCAUAUUUGUUAUCGCUUGUAAUGAAGUUUCAUGGAAAUGGUAUGUAUGAAAUCCUCACUUUCAAGUCUUAAAAUGACAUAUUUAUGCUGGACUAUCAGGGAGUUUCAGGUAUAUUUUGGUUCUGUAAAAAUAGUUACAACUCCACAACCUAUUGUUAAACAAUCUAGAUGUGUUGAAAGGUCUUCAUGUGUGUUAUAGUGUAAUCUUCCUCCUCUAAGUAGAUGUAGGAUUUCAGUGAGUAUUAUUUGUGCUGCAAUUGCAACACAAGUUUAAUAUCAAGACAAGUGCCAUUUCUCUAAUUUGCACACUUGGCUAUUAGCAGUGAAUAGUCAACUAAUAUGUUUAUUUCUUGAUGUUCAUGAUAUUGAUAUAUAUAUGUAUGUAGCGAUGCUGAUGAUUGAUUUAAAAGUCAGAGUGAAGAGGUAUGUACAAGAAAUACAGCGAAUGUAUAUAGAAUUAAGAGUAAUUCCAAUUUAUAAUUAUGAAGUAUUCAAGAUUGCCUUCAAAAGGAAUUAAUGCUCAGUUCACGAGAAAGAUGUUAGAAUCGAGAAUGGCCGACUAGUAAGGGGAAAACAAAUUGAUAGGCUGGCAUCGAGAAUGGAUUUCACGACCAGGGGGGACUGUUUCAUAAAGCUGUUUGUAGUGACUGUUGAACCUUUUGUAUGGUAAAUGCUGUACCGAAAUGUUGAGUGGCAUUGAUUCAGCUCUCGAGAGAGGGUAACCAGUCGUUCGUAGCUUACAAACGGCCUAAUGAAACACCUCCAGAUCGGCACAACUUUAGACCAGUUGGGUGUUUCAUUAAGUUGUUUGUAACUUACCGACUACACAAAUCUGGUAAAUGAUUACCCCAGAUUUUUAUCAGUGUAGAUUUAACUCACAAAAAAGGGUCACCAGCUGGUUCUAUAAUUCUUAUAGUGCAAAAGUGCAAAAUAUUGGCAGUUUAAAUCAUUAUUAAUGCUUUUUAUCUUGAUAUCACCUUUAACCUGGGAGGCGAUGAGCGAAUUUCAUCACCGUGAUCCGUGGGUCUCCCUUCCACUAAGAUGGGGGGGGGGGGGGGGUUGCAGGUGGACCUCUAGACCGGAGUCUCCCCCUUAAUUUGUACGAAUAGUGCAGUGGGUUCUUAAUGUGCAAAGGUGGUGACUCCCCUCUACACAGGGCCUCCAUUUAAUAUCCUAUCCAAGGGUUGGAGUGUUUUCCACCUUGACAUAUCCUACAUCCAUGAACGUUAACACAUAACGCAGACUUCUUUCCUGCAACCAGGCUUGGACUCAAACCCAAAACUGAGCAAGCCCUUUCCCCUUAAAAUUACAUUAAUUGCAAAAUUAAAAUAGUAAUUUGUAUUAUUAUGGUUAAAAUUGAAUCAAGGUUCAGAUUAACGUUAAUAUCUUGACAUAUUUUGAAGAUGCACACAGAUUAACUUCUCUCCCCCUCUAAUGUCAUUUAUUGCAAAAUUAUAUGUGGAAAAAAAUGAAUUUAUUAUACUUGGAAAUGAAUGUUGUGAUAUAUAUAGUGUAAAUAUUACAUUUUCUCUCUUUUUGUCUUUUUGCUCAGGGAUUUUAUAAGCUAGGCAACUUUGGGGAAUCUUUCCUUCAACAUCUUCUCAUCAAGUUUUAAUACAAUUUUAAGAACACAGGAAUCUGACCCAUUUGUAGUCGUCCUACAUUAUUUAGAGUGAGAAAUUAUUAAAAAAAAAUUGCAUUAUAUUGAUGAUCUAUGUGAUAUCCAACUCAGAAUUUUAAAUAUUGUUUUUAAAUUUGAAGAUAUUUAUUUUUUCCCUUUUAUUGAAUAUAUAAUUUUUUUUUCUUUUUUCAUUCUGUUUUAUCAAGAUUAAUGUUCAGGAAUGUAUUUUGUAUAAGGAAAUUAGCAUAAUGAACGAGUCAUGUAACAAAUUGAAUCUCAUCUCAGAUUGGAAUCGCAUUAUUCUGGACAAAGUACAUUGUGAAACAAUAGAACUUAUCAGUUCUUGACAAUAUACAGCUUUCAUUCAACCUGUGUGGCUUUUGUGAUAACAAUUAUCAAACAACCUUUGUCUAUGAGACAGAAUCCAUACACAAACCAUCUUUUUCAGAUUAUACACAGAUGGCUUGUUAUAAAAAAAAACAUAUCUCUCCUUAAUCAUACUAAUUUGAAUCAAUUUGUUUCUUUUCAAAAUAGCUGCAAUUGCCUUCAGAGUUUUUUUUUUUCAGGUAGUAAUGCAUUAAAAUUUACUACUAAAAUUU